AUGAAAUCUUUUGGUAACGAUCAAAAUUUUCGAUACGAAAAAUUGCAAAACUACGGAUUAGGUAAGCGUGUGAUCCCGAACUACCGUCGUGUGAGCGCCGCGUAUGCGUUCCCAGAGCCACUUGCGUCUACGGCGUCGCCGUUCGUGAGGUCGCCAUUUGCAAGCAUAUACCAGGGCGCCCGCAAAAAGGGUGACAAGAGGAUUUACAUAAAGCGCUUCAACUUCUUACCCAAAGCGUCGGGGCACCGCGUGUUCUGUGAGGCGAUGGUCGCUUGCAAGAUAACGCACAUAGCGAUUGAGACGACCGAUGGGAUACCGAUAAUCCUGCGCGGCGGUGUGGGAUACAAUUAUUUCAAGGCCAUCAUCAGAGCUGAUGCUGGAGUGGCCUUGAAGGGCAGCCUGAAGGCGUACUGCACGAAUGAUGUGAAUCAA